AUGAACGCUAUAAAAUUACUUGUACAGCGGAGAAGUUAUCCAUUGAUUUUUAAUCGCACAGCUACAACUAAAAAGAAAAUACACGAUCCCAGUGAAGAAGAUCGUUUACCGAUAUUUCAAUAUCCUAUCAGCAAGAGCUCAGAUCGAAGAGUAUAUGUAUGGGGCUUAGCGGAAACUGGAGCUCUUGGAAUACACAUGCCCAGAGGAAAGAAAAAAGGCAAAAAAGCUUAUAGGAAUAAUUUUAGUUAUGCCUGGCACCCUAUAAGAUCCAGUUUUUGUGAAAGGUUCGAUGUAACAAAUAUAGCCUGCGGCUAUGGUUUUACUGUAGCUGCAGUCAAAACUAAAGAACAGCAUAAGGUUUUUGGUACAGGCAUUAAUACAGACUCUCAGAUUGGUUACCAUGCACCCAGAAUGGGUCAUCCUCUUGAAAUGCUUGUCAGUCCUGCUCCUAUUUUUAUUCCAUAUGCUUCUUUAGAAACUAAGAUAACUGGUCUUGCAGCAGGGAGAGCACAUACACUCAUAUUAACAGAUAAUGAAGGUGUGUUUACAUUAGGGAAUAAUGCUUACGGGCAGUGUGGUAGGAAAAUAAAUCCUCAAGAAGAAUACAAAGGAAGUAUGGUCUCACAUAAUAUUAAACGCCUUGGGAAGGAAAAUAUCAAGAGUGUGUGUUGUGGACAAGAUCACAGCCUUUUUAUCACUGAAUCAGGGAAAGUAUAUGCUUGUGGGUGGGGAGCAGAUGGACAGACUGGUCUUGGGAUAUAUGAAAAUCAAGGAUUUCCAGCUCGAGUAAAAGGAGACAUUACUAGUGAAAAUAUAGUUAAAGUUGCAUCAACCGCUGAUUGUGUGCUUGCAUUGAGUGAUAGAGGUGAACUAUUUGGUUGGGGUAAUUCAGAAUAUGGUCAGGUACCGAUGAAUUCAAAACAGCAACAAGUCAACAUGUCAUAUGCCUUGCUAAGUUUUACAAAAGGUUUAGGGAAAAUUGUUGAUAUUGCGGCCGGUGGGUCAUUUUGUUUGAUCUGUAACGAUCAAGGUGAUGUAUUUGUAUGGGGCUUUGGAUUGCUGGGUCUAGGCCCAAAUGUACAACACACAAGUAAACCUACACAAAUACCAGCUCCUUUGUUUGGCCGGAAUGAAUUCAAUCCUGAAUGUAUGGUCACUAAAGUUGCUUGUGGCAUCGGUCACUUUAGCAGCGAUAACUAA